CUAGUACUGCAGCCUAUAUAUUCAGCACUGCCUCACCCCAAAGCUAGGCCUUAAUUCCUUUCUUCUUCUACCAAUACCGCUAAACUUGCUACUCAAGUCAAACAACGCCUUUACACCCAACUCCCAAGACUGAUCAGACAGACACCUCAGCACGUACAAACUUCUAACUACGAUCCUUAAUAUUUGAAUUAUUAUUACAGGGAGGAUAUUGUGCAAGUCAAAUUCCGGGAUAAUGUCAGACAGCAAUGCGCACAACCAUGUGGAGGAGGAUGAGGAAUUUUGGAACAGGUGGCGUUUAAAUACAUACGAGCGCAAAUUAGUAAAGCCUAUGAAGAAGCCUCUCACAGCACCUUUGGAUCUAGCGGUUAGCGAUUCCGAUGUGGAAAAGCUCAAAGCUGGUUUCAGACCCCGAAGCCAGGACGAUAAAUAUGCUUGGCUAAUUGAGGAUGAAAAUGGCAACACAUCUAUCCACAUUAUUCGACACUUUGUACAAGAGGAGGAGUACAUACUUCACAUUGCCCCAAAAUCAAGUAACGACAAUAGCGCGAGUGCAAAGAUCCACAGCAUUACCUGGGAAGGAGAUAUGAUUGGUAUACAAGACGAUGUAGAGCAGGCCAAGAAGAACGUUGUGAUUCUAGCUAGAGUCAAUCUUAAAUGCGACUUUGAGAAUGCGCCUGGAACAGUUUAGGAUCAAAAGCUGGACGCGGAAUAGAUACAAAACCAUCUCGCAAGCUUAGAGGAGUCAUCAUAUUGUUAGGUUAUUUCUCCG